CGAAAACAAGUUGCCAACUGUCGUGUGCUGCGCUGUAAACUCCUGUCUUGCUUCGCUGCAACACUGAAUUGAAAUUUUAAAACGUUACUACUAAAACUAAUAUGGCAGACGAAGAGAAUUUACCGUCCGGAUGGGAGAAAAGAAUGAGCCGUAGUUCAGGCAAAGUGUAUUACUUCAAUCACAUCACCAAUGCCAGCCAGUGGGAACGUCCAGUGGGAGACGGCCGUGGAGAGCCUGAAAAGGUACGCUGCUCUCACCUGUUGGUGAAACAUAAUCACUCACGUCGUCCAUCUUCCUGGCGAGAACAAAAUAUCACACGAUCUAAAGAUGAAGCCUUGGACCUCAUUCAAAAGUACAUUGAACAGAUCAAGUCUGGAGAGGAGAAAUUUGAAAGCUUAGCCUCUCAGUUCAGCGACUGCAGCUCAGCGAAAAAUGGUGGAGACCUCGGAGUGUUUGGAAGAGGUCAAAUGCAGAAGCCUUUUGAAGACGCCUCCUUUGCUCUGAAAGUGGGAGACAUGAGCGGACCUGUUUUUACCGACUCUGGAGUCCACAUCAUCUUACGCACUGGGUGAUAGAAGGACACCACGUGCUUUCCCUCUCUAUUAUAUCAGUCAUUUACUGAAACUAACACAAGCAGGCUUGCCAUUUGUUUAAAUUUCACUCAUCCCCCCAAUAAGUCAAGCAUACAAACUGUACUGUUAAUACUUUAGAUGGGGUUAUUUGUUUCCUUACGUAAACAAAGGUAUGAUUAUUAAAAUUACUCUGAAAAUUAUGGACUAUUUCUGAAGACCUUAAGCUUUUAUCUACCACAGCAACUCCAUGAUAAAAAACAUUGAAACAUUAGUGCCUGGAAUUGUGGCUGGCCCCCGUAAAAGAAGAUGCAAAAAAGCUUGUAACUGACGUGCAUGACUUCAAAAUGGACCAUUUAUUGUUUGCUUUGUUUUUUGUUUUUUCUUCUCUGCUCCUGCUGUGUGCAAAAGCAUUUCCUUUAUCUGAACGAUUCUUUCAACAUGUAUGGGAAGGAUGUUUAAAACGUGUUCAAGAUGCUGCAUAUCGGUGCAGAUGGAGAAUGAGCUGUUAUUUUGGGUUCUUCAUACAACAAUCUAAACUUUCUGACUUCAAUUAUGAAAAAACUAAGAAUCUAUCUAUAAAAAUGACUUCAGAAAGAGCAUGGUUAAUUCCAAAAUGGCACCAUUGAAAGCUUGCAGGUUUUAACAAGGUCCUACAGCUUUUAAAAGCAUCAAUAUUCAUAUGAACUGUUGGCACUGUUGUAACUGAGGAAUAAAGUUAAAACACAUCGA